UCUGGCUCCGGGUUGUGAUCUUGGUUUUUAGCACAACUCUCACACACUCUCUCUUUCUCUUUCUCUUUCUCUUACUCUCUCUUUUCCAAAACAAAAUUCUCUUUCAUUCACAUGGGAUCAUGUAGAGUUUGAGGGUGAAUAAAAAUUAUAUAUAAAAAUAAAAAUUCUUUCUUUUUUUGUUGGCUUUGAUCUUUUUUUUUUUAACACUGUCUGGUUUAUGUACAUCUGUGUUAAACUGGUUGGUUUAUCUAGUUUAACUUGUGCAUGGGGUUUGAUAAAGGUAGAGAGCUGAAAAAAGAGGUAAAACAGAUGAUGAUGGGAGUAAAAGAAAAUGGUCGUUUUGCACUAAAUCAUCAAAAUUUUCUAUACUACACUAGACCAACUUCUGCUCUUAUUCCAUACAUGGAAUUACUAUCACUUCCAUGUCUUCCAACUUUAAGCUUUUGAUAAAACAGAAGAAAUUUUCUUAAACACCACAAAUCUGAAAUUCACCACAUUUAACUCAAAGGCAAUACUUUUAAGAAGAUUCUCCUUGCAAAAACAAAAACAAAAAAAAAAAAAAAAAAAAAACUAGUCUAUUUGUUCUCAAAACUGUUGAAUUAUGAAGAGAAUUAGCAGCUCAGAUUCUUUGGGUGCCCUCAUAUCCAUGUGCCCUUCUACAGAUGAACAUAGCCCAAGAAACAACAUAUACAGCAGAGAUUAUCAGUCUAUGUUAGAUGGGUUCGAUGAAGAAGGGUGCAUAGAAGAAACUGGGCAUGUACCUGAAAAGAAAAGGCGGCUAAGUGUGGAUCAAGUCAAGGCUUUAGAGAGGAAUUUUGAGGUUGAGAACAAGUUGGAGCCAGAAAGAAAAGUUAAGCUUGCUCAAGAACUUGGGUUGCAGCCUAGACAGGUUGCUGUUUGGUUCCAAAACCGUCGAGCUCGAUGGAAAACCAAACAAUUAGAAAGAGAUUAUGGUGUUCUUAAGGCUAACUUUGAUUCUCUUAAGCACAAUUAUGAGUCACUUCAACAUGACAAAGAAGCCCUUGUUAAAGAGAUUAAGGAGCUAAAAUCAAAGCUAAAUGAAGAGCAAAUCAUAGAGAGUAACAUGUGCAUCAAAGAAGAAGUAUUGUUAUUUGAAUCUGACAAUAACAAGACGACAAUAGUUGAACCAAUCACCCCACCAGAAUCACUGAGUGGUGGAUCGGAAGAAGAUGCAAAGUUGUUAAAGGUGAAGAAUGUAUUUGCUGAAUUUAAAGAUGGUCCAUCUGAUAGUGAUUCAAGCGCAAUCUUGAAUGAUGAUAACAAUAGUAGCAGCCCAAAUGCUUCAAAUUCUUCAAAUGGGCCACUUUUUCUAAACCAGCAACAACAGCAACUACUCAUGUUCAAUAAUUGUUCUUCAUCACCAUCUCCUCCAUCAAUCAAUUGUUUCAGCUUUUCUGAUUCGAGAUCAGACGGCUUAGGAAGCAACCACAAUCACAACAACAACAAUAACAAUGUGUAUCAUCCACAAUUUGUGAAGAUUGAAGAACACAACUUCUUCAGUGGAGAAGAAGCAUGUAAUUUCUUCUCAGAAGAACAAGCUCCAUCUCUUCACUGGUAUUGUCCAGAUCAGUGGAGUUAAUACCCAAAAAAAAAACACUGAAAAAUAUGAUAUGAGGUGACAUUAAUUAAAAUUGAGGAAUUUCAUGGCUGUGCAAAAGAGGCUAAAAUUAAAGAGUUGUUUGUUACCCAACUCUAUUAAAAACAUGCUCCAUUGAAUAUUGAUUGUACAGAGUUAAGUUCCCAAGGAGGUCGAAUUUUGGGUCUUGAAAGCAAGAAAAAUGGAGAAGAGGCCAUGUGGGGGGGACAUGGGAGGAGAGAGAGUGAGAAAGGUGACGUCUUGGAGCUAUCUAUCUUACUGAUGUUACACCGUGCGCCAAAUGCAAUGAAUGAUUAGGCAGUAAUUGAACUUCUCUCUGCUGUAAAAAAAAAAACCAUGGAUUUUAUAAAUUAAUAUGCACCAACAGGAUAAACCCUGUAAUGCAGAGAAAUAAUGAUGGGGUUAAGUAAAUCCCCUUUUUCUUGGUCAUAUUAAGUAUUAACCAUGUCAGUGUCUCUUUUUUAAGAUAUCAACUAGUAGUAUUCUUCUACUGUAAAUUAUUCUAUUUAUGAGUUGAGUUUAGUAGCAUUACCAUA